AGCGAAUAUCCCGCCCAUGAGCAUCUCCCUCAAAAUAACCUAAGACUUUUGAGCUAGGGAUUGGGGUGUUAUGUCUCAAACUCUCAAUCAUUAGAUCUGUAAUGCUUGUAGUGGUAAGUCAUACUCAUACUUAUUGGUGGAGAACACUCCUAUCACACUUUAAAGUUUAAACUAUAGGUUUAUGCACCAAUUAGGCUCCCUCUUCCAACCUCAACACCAAAGUCAAUUUUUUUUUUUUUAUACACUUUUGUAAUUUAAUUUUUCGUGCAAGCAACUCAAUUCGUAAAAAAGUUUGUAAAAUAUUUUGGUUAGAAAGAAUUGAUUUGGGUGUUUAUGCCCUUUGAAAUCUUUAUUUAAAAAGAUAUUCUUUCUGUUUCAAAAGGCCUUUUUCUUUUGUGGGGGAAAAUUCAGAGAGAGAAAGGGUAUUAUAUUGAGAGAGAAAAAAAUGGCGGCAAUGGGUUCUUUGAGAGGGUUUAUGAAGAAGAAGAGGGUCAUUGGAAUUGUAUUGGGUCAAUUUCUGUCUGUUCUAAUCACUUCUACUGCCUUCACAUCAUCUGAGCUUGCCCGCAAAGGAGUGAAUGCACCAACUUCUCAAUCCUUUGCAAAUUAUGUGCUAUUGGCUAUUGUAUAUGGAGGAUUAUUCAUUACUAAGAAAAAAGCAUUAAAGGCAAAAUGGUAUUACUAUGUCCUUCUUGGAUUGGUGGACGUGGAGGCCAAUUUUUUAGUGGUGAAGGCAUAUCAAUAUACAUCCCUGACAAGUGUUAUGCUUUUGGAUUGUUGGACAAUACCUUGUGUAAUGAUUCUCACUUGGCUUUUUCUGAAGACGAAGUAUGGAUGGAGAAAGUUUGUGGGUGUAGUUAUCUGUGUUGCUGGUCUUGUCAUGGUUGUUUUUUCAGAUGUCCAUAGAGAUGAACGCAAAGAGAAUGGGAGCAAUCCGCUGAAAGGAGACUUGCUUGUGUUUGCUGGUGCUACCCUUUAUGCAGUCACCAAUGUUGGCGAGGAAUUUCUUGUAAAAAAUGCAGACCAAGUUGAACUGAUGGGAAUGCUGGGACUAUCUGGUGCAAUCAUUAGUGCUGUCCAAAUAAGCAUACUGGAGCGCAAUGAGCUCAGAUCAAUCCAAUGGUCAGCUAAAGCGGUACUUCCUUUCGCUGGCUUUGCAGUUGCAAUGUUUCUGUUUUACUCCUUGGUUCCUGUCUUGCUGAAGAUGAGCGGAUCAACAAUGCUGAAUCUGUCACUGUUGACAUCAGAUAUGUGGGCUGCUCUAAUUCGAAUCUUUGCCUACCGCGAAAAGGUUGAUUGGAUGUUUUUUGUAGCUUUUGCGGCUGUUGCAGUUGGUCUUGUUAUAUACUCUUGGGGGGACAAAGUAGAGGAAAAAGUCCGUGCUCGUGCUCGUGUUCGUGCAGCUAAUCAAGAAAGAGAUGACAGUAAGGAUCAUGACCAGGAAGCUGGUGUCUCAAACAGCAGUACCUUGAGAAGAGGAGAUGAUUGUAACAAUGAACACAAAGAAGAGGAGGCCAAUUCGAGUCUCGCGCAACGAUGAACACACACAUUUGUUGGAGAAAAUGUUCCUCUUGGAGUUUAACUUGGAUCAUGGAUAAUUGGGGUGUAUACAAAAUUAUACUUGUAUAGUUGUAUAGUAAUUUGUUUCAUCGUACAAGAACAAUCAUUGUUUUUGAUGAAUUAUAUUCAAUUUUAUCAAAGUGGGCUCAUUGAAGGUGCAAGUAGGGAUUUAUCAAAGUUCGUUUCUUUUUCGGUCA